CCAUCUCUCCCACAAAGAAAAAAACUGAUAAAUAUCAUUCCUUUUCACUUGGUUCCAAAUUCGCGUAUCUCUCUCUCAUCUUGACGGCGGCGGAAGAACAAGAGCUCAAUCCUAAUCAACAAUGUCUGCUGAUACACGGCAGCUUAUACUAAUGGACGAUAGGAAUCUGAUUCUCCAUUCACACAUUUCAAAACUCGAAUACUGGAAAUGGUGGUUUCUCGUGGCUCUUAACAUAACAUUUCUAACCAUAGGUCAAUCUUCUGCCAUAAUUCUCGGAAGAGUUUACUAUGAUCAUGGAGGAAAUAGUACAUGGAUGGCAACUCUUGUCCAAACAGCUGCUUUUCCAAUUCUCAUUCCCUGUCUUUUUAUCUCUUCAUCCCGAGAUUCUCCAAUUUCCCAAAUGGUUUUGAUAUAUUUUGCACUUGGAUUGCUUCUUGCAGUCGAUAAUAUGUUAUAUUCCAUCGGUCUAUUGUACCUCUCAGCUUCAACUUAUUCCCUCAUUUGCGCGAUUCAAUUGGCUUUCAACGCUGUUUUCUCCUUCUUAAUCAACGGUCAGAAGUUCACCAUGCUAAUAUUCAAUUCUGUUAUCGUUCUUACUCUGUCAGCCGCUCUCCUAGCUUUGAACGACGGUUCUGGAGAAGAAAGAGUUUCGAGAUUGAAAUAUGUUAUAGGAUUUAUAUCCACAAUUGGGGCUUCUGCACUUUAUUCUCUAUUGCUUUCCCUUUUGCAGCUUGUAUUUCAGAAGUUUCUUAAAGAAGAGGAAACUUUCUCUGUAGUGUUAUACAUGCAAAUUUAUACUUGUUUUGUAGCCACUUCUGUGUCUGUUAUGGGCUUGUUUGGAAGCGGCGAAUGGAACUUAGUAAAGGAUGAAAUGAAUUCGUUUAGUUUGGGAAAGACGUCGUAUGUGUUGAAUUUGGUUGGGACUGCUGUUUCUUGGCAGGUUUCUUCUGUGGGCGUAGUUGGACUUGUUUUCGCAGUUUCUUCUUUGUUUUCGAAUGUGAUUAGUACUCUUUCGUUGGCUAUUACGCCUAUUGUGGCUGUGGUUGUCCUUCGAGAUAUGAUGAAUGGCGUUAAGGUGAUUUCUUUGCUUAUGGCUUUGUGGGGUUUUGCGACUUACAUUUAUCAGAAUUAUCUCGAUGAUUGUGAGGAACGAUUGAAUCGCGAUAAGGCACAUCCUCACAUUGUUUGAUUCAAUUUAAGGUGGCGGAAAUGAAUUUUUUUUCUUUUGGGGUAUCUCAAAACAACUGACAUAAUACAAAAUUUAUUUACGAUUUCUCAUCCCAACAAUUGAAUACACCUAGAUCGAGAAAGUGUUUAUAAACUGUUGUAAAGAUUUUAAUAGAAAUGAGAACAUCUAUUAGAUUUGAUCUCAUUUCUGUGUUGUUGUUCAUGUUUAUUAUAUUUGAAUUCCAUGUAUGAAUAAAUCAUGAUAAGAAGAUAAAUAAUAAUCUUUUUUUUUUGUUGGGUUUU